UCUACUUAGUAGUCUGGUAGCCAGACUAGUAGAAUAGUAUUAGUUUGCUGCUGGCUGGCCAGCGGGGAGUUGGUGUCGCUUCACAAACUUGUCGCACGGACAUCGUCGUUUCUCGUUCGAUCGACGACAAACGAAUAAUAUUUUAAGACUCGCUGGUGGAAUCGAUCACGGCUGAUAUCCUGGGCGUUCGCGACCGCCAGCGAGACGUACGGCGUUUGGUUUUGUUUACAUUGACGAAAUCACUUUAUCACUUUAUUUUAAGUGACUUUCAUAUGAACGAGAUUACUUUAUUACUUGACUUUCAGCGGCUGUGAUUCGUUCUGCAGUCGUUUAAUCCGUCAACGAGACGGAAAAAGGGUUCGAUUAACGUUGAAUUAACUUGGCGUGAGAAUCGCAGAUGUUUAUAAUAGGCCUAGGGAAUUGAGACUUGAAAUAGUGAAAAUGUUCAUAGGCCUAAGAAAUGUAGGCUUGAAAACGCUCUUAUAAGUGAGUUUAAGAGAUUUUAACCUCGACGUGAAGGUUGCAUCUCAAGCUGUGAAGCCAGCCCAGUGCACAACACGAAAACACCAACCGGAAAAUGGUUUACCCGGUUAAAAGGAAAUUCCUGUCGAGUAGACGCAUAGCGGCGCUGGUAUUCGUCAUCUGCGCUUUUUAUAUCCUCCCGUUCCAUCACCCGAGGGACGAAGUCGGAGGAGAGGAAGGAAAGAGAAGACAACCGAGAGAGGAAACGGAAGAGGGAGAGGAGGAAAGUGGGAAAAUAACAGAUAUCCACGAGGGUGCCGAGGGCGAAGGGACGGACAGGACCCUUGGGGCGGAGAAAGGACGCUUCCCUUACAAUGUUCUCCUCCUGGCGUCUAUGGGACGCAGUGGCUCCAGUUUCCUAGGGGGUCUCCUGACAUCCCAAUCAAAGACAGUCUACUUCUUCGAACCACUACACGACAUAGAAGCCCUGCACCUCCUGACAGAGAAGUCUGCCAUGAAGGGCCUCAGAGACAUCUUCACCUGUGACAUCAAGGACCCGAUCCUCUCCACCUUCAUCAGGAACCCAAACUUCGUGUUCAAAGAAUUCUACAAGCAGUGCGGGCGCCACCAAACCUGCCUGACGGGGGAGGUCAUCAACUCCAGAUGCAAGAAGAAGUCCGUGAGAGUCGUGAAGACGAUCAGGACCAGGGUUGCAUGGCUGCAGGCGAUUCUUCACGACCCGGAGGUCAAUCUGAAGGUCAUCCAGCUAGUGAGGGAUCCAAGGGCUUCCAUCAUUUCCGGGUGGGACAGGGGGUGGAAUCUUACGGCCGAGAGGGCGUGUGGCUGGCUCACUGAAGAUCUUCAUAAUGGUCUUGAGCUGAAGAUAAUGUACCCAGAGAAGUACAUGGCAGUGCGAUACGAAGACCUGUGCGAUGACCCGUGGGGCUGGGCGAAAAAGAUAUACUCCUUUCUGGGAUACACCGACCUCCCACUUUCCACAAGGAGCUUCCUAAAAAAGUCGACCACAGGCAAGGACAGAAACGACGCCUAUGGCACCAAGAGAAACACCAGAAAAAUGCCCCAGAAAUGGAGAUCAGCCAUCACAGGCGAUCAACUCCAGGUGAUCCAAGACGCUUGUGGAUCAGUGAUCAGUAAUAUCGGGUUCAGGGUGUUUCAGGAUCUGGAAUCGGCCAGGAAUUAUACGGUGCCAUUGCACAUUAAGUCCGUGAAUCCUCUGUUUGCGUACGAUAAGCCAUCUUGACUGGUGCCUGGCUGGUUGCUAGAUGUAUAAUAAAGUUUAAG